GAACGGCCGCGACGCAACACUAUUAAUAAAUAAACCGGACGUGAACAACGGGCAUAUAAACAAAUAUUUGAAACUUAAAAAGUAACAACAAGCAGUGUGUUGAAAAAUCGAAACUGUCAACGUCAAAAAGCGCGCGUAAUCCUUUUUUUUUUUGUGUGACUGACGUCAGGAUUUUUGCGAUCUCUGUGAUUGUUUACAUAAUGUUUUGUUUUUGUUAGCUUAAUCGCCUGAGGACUCCAGUAGUUAAACGAACGCCGGUCAAAAUAGACAUGAUUUCUGAACGCUAGCCGCCAUGUUCAAUUUCUUUAAAAAGAAAGGAAAGAGCGAGACAGCUAUAGCCAAGGGCGCGAAACUCCCAGCAAUAGUUCAAACAGUCGCGCGCGCGCUAUCCGAUGAUAUAACGACCGAGGAAUCGAAGAAUGUGAACUUGCGUGAAGCAAAUAUCGAAAAUCGAGGGGUCGGCGGCAUAUUCCAAAUAAUGGCGGGGAAAAGGAAAAGAAAUAGAAAGAAAAGGAGCGAAUCCUGUCGUGUGAGUCCUCAGAAAGCACCCAGUUUGCACCGCAGUGUGUCUGACGUAGAUUCGCCUACGCCGACGGACGAAAAUACACCGGACUCAGACAUCGUCAAAGCGUUAGUAUCGCAAAAGUACGCUUGCAAGGAUAAACACGUGCUCCUCUACGCUAACGACCCUAAUUUAGACGAGAAAAAACAUGCAGAGGCAUUACUCCGCGAGAUUGCCAAGAGCAUAGACUGCACUAUCGACAAAAUUAAUGAUCAAAUGGGAGGUACCGACAGCAAGGAACGAAAGGAGCCAGUGUACGAAACGAUUGACGACAACGGAAUUGAUGUUUACAAAAACGAAUUGCGCGAUGAACUGGAUAAGUUGUUAAUAGUCGAAAACGAAAAUAAAAGGGAGGACUCUCCGCUUGCGAAGAAAUCUAAUCUGAAGCCACCUAAAUCUGACACGGAGGGUUUUUCGGACGACGACAGAUCAGAGUGCAGUAAGAAAAGAGUUACGUUCAGAAAACAUAUAGUAUUUGACGAUGGGGAACUACAGACAGAUGAGGAAGUCGACACUUCAUUCGAAUCUAUUACCUCUGGCGAAGAAGAGGAAGAAUAUUUAGAAGACUCGAUACCAGAUAACGAUGAAUGCUUAGGAGGUUUUAUAGUGUCUAGAAAUGAAAAUAAAAACGUGGACGAGUGUGAGGAACUGAAGAGGAUAGUGAGUGAAAAUAGUGACAGUGGUUUUAUAGAGGGAGAUGGGGAGAAGACUGUUGUUACAGACGAGAGUGAAGCGAGUGAAGGGAGUGAAGGGAGUGAGAGUGAGAGUGAGACAGAAGAGACAAUCGAGGAGAUAAUCGAGGAGAUAGUAGAAGAAAUAGACGGAGAGGAAGUUAGUAUAGCGGAGAUCAUCAAUCCUGAAGACCCACGGCAUGUCGAUAAUUCGAAAACCCUGGUGACUCAGGAGACUAAGUUUCAGUCUCAGGUAGCUGCUCUUACGGAACUUGCAGAUUCCCGAUGUGGGGAGUCGGAGCGAGCGAGACAGCUGAUAGCCGAGUACAGGAAGGAGAUAGAAGCAAAAGACUUGGAAAUCGAGCAGUUAAAAUGCGAGCUAGCCUCAGCGUACAAAGAAUCGGAGCUGGUGAGGCAGAGAAGCCGGUCUUUGGAGGAAGAUUUGACUGCUGCCAGAGGAUGUUCCGCCAAUUUAGCCGACAAACUGUACGCGCAUGCCAGAACAGAAGAAACAAUACGUCAGUUGAAAUCUGAGAUCGAGGAUGCUAACAAUCGACGGGCUGAACUCGAGUCGAGGGUGCUGGCGUUAGAGAGAGACAAGGAGAGGUUGGAGCAGGAGAAAAUUGUGCAAGAGCAGAAAGCAGAAGAAGCGCUAGCGGCCGCAGAGGCGAACACAACAAAAUGGCGGUCGGCGCACGAGGCGGCGCGCUCACAGGCCGCCGCGCGCGCGGAGCGCAUGCUGGCCGACUGCGAGUGGAAGAUGCGCGAACUCGAGAAGAAGGCGAGGGACGCUGAGAAGGAGAAGAGAGAUCUAACAGAAACUGUAGACAAGCUAAAAUCUCAACCAGCGACGCCGGCGCAGAUCGCCGAGUUACAACAAUUGCGUGGUCUAGCCACAGAACAGCAGAGAUCAGUGCAGUCGCUUACGAUGCAGCUGCAAAAGGUGGAAACAAGAGAAGAGGCUUUGAAACUCGAAGUGCAUAGACUGAAAGAGCUGUUGGAAAAGCAAUCGAAUAUUAUAAAAGACAAGGAAGACGUGCAUUUUAAGACCAUCGAACGCCUAGAAAAACGUCACUCGGAAGCGGUGCAGACACUAAAAGCGGAGCACGCGACAGCACUGAAACAGACGCGCGCGGCGCUGGAGCGCGCGGGCGGCGAGCGCGCGCGCGCCGCGCUGGCCGAGCUGCGCGCCGAGGCCGAGCGCGGCGCGCGCUGCGCCGACCGCAAGCUGCGGGAGGUCUCCGCCAGAUUCGAAAACUUGAAAGAAACUCUAGCAACGAAAGAAGCUCAAUACGAGAGGGCCAUCACCGAGGCUCACAGUAAGGCCGACUGGGACAUCAUGCAGCUGCGCCAUCUGCUGGACAAGGCGGACAUCACAUAUGCUAACAACAUGGAAUCUACGAACCAGAAGUUCGAGAAAGAGAAAGAGAGCCUGAUAGCCGAGUGGUCUGAGAAGCUCCGGGUAGCGGAGGAAGAGGCGGCCGCCAGGGCGGGUGAGGACGCACGGGUGUUGGAGACGACAAGAGCCCAGCUUGUGGCUGAGAGGACUGAACAAGUCAACAAGCUUAAGGAGCAGCAUAGAAAGGAGAUGGAUGAACAGUGGGAGCAGUUCAUGGCAGACAAGGAGAGCUGUCUCGAACGGAUGAAGCUGGAGUGUCGGCAGGAGGGAGAGGAGGAGAGGAUCAAGAGGGAGAAGGAGUUACUGGAAGAGAUUGAAGAGCUCAAGACGCAAGUGCACACGAAAUCUGUUGACUUUGACAAUCUAGCUGUGAAGUGGGCAGCCUGUGGACGGACACUAGCUGUCACCGAGCAGGAACUGAGAUACAUCAUGCUCAGUGCGGUGGUGGCGGCAGGCGUCGUUUGUUCACUCACCGGCUCGCUCCGUUUCACUCUCGCCACCUUUUGCCUCUCACUCGCACUCAUGAUAUAUGUCAAAAUUGCUAACAACAAAGCCAGGCUUACUAACUAGUGGUCAUAUGCAAACAGCUGAAAAUUUGUGUAAUAAUAAACGUUGUUACGAAAUUUGGUUAGAAAUUUAACAAUAUCUCAUCUUUCUCAGUUUCAGUCUAGUUUUUUGAUAUAAAUUUUUUUAGCAAAUCAAAAAUUAAAAUAAAAGUGACACGCACUUUAUUUGAAGCCUAUUCUGAGAGUAUCAUUCCUGUUUCAAUUUUGAUGUAAUAAACCGAUUUUGGGAAUAGCUCUAUAUAAAUUAUCGAUUAUCGAUAAUCUAUAUUUAUUUAUAGUUUUAUUAUAUCCAUAUAAGUAUGUAGUGGAAAACUGGCGUAUGCAAAAAAAAACCGGUUAAGCGCAAAAGUUUACAUACAAUUUAUAGAAUUCUUAUAGGUUUUCCUGUAAUAUACAAGCAAUUGCCUAAAUAUAUUUCGUACUUUUUCUAAAUCGGACCAGUAUUAUUUAAAUUUAACCAACAUUUUUUUAAAAUAAAAACAACAACGCGCACAUUUAUAAUCACUAGCGCCAUCUAUCAAAUUUUUCACGAAUUUAUGUCUGAAUUAAAUCAGUCUUUUUUCAAGAAUAACAUCGUAACUGUUUAUUUUACAAAACUAUAUUUAUGAUCCUCGUAACGAGCCCUUUAAUUUGAUAUAGGGCACAAUAAAACGUUUGUAAAACGUUUUUUUUUUAAUUUACACAAAUGAAAAUUAAAAUCAUCCCUAUUUGAAAAGAAUAUUAUUUACUAUACACGUCUGUGUUUGGAUCAUAUGAUCACAUUGACAUUAGAUUCGGAGCAAAUUGUCUGUGAUGGACGGAAGGACAGACAAACGCACGAGUGAUCCCAAUUAUAGAUGAAUUUUGGACGUUAACCUAAAAUUUUAAUAAUGACCAAAAGAAAUGGAAGAAUAUUAAUUAAACAUAUUAUUUGUGUGUUCUUUAUUAAAAUAUGUUAAUUUUAGAUUCAAUGUUGUUACAUUGAGGUUUUUAUGUGUCCUUUUGUUGAAAUAUAUAUGGAAAAGUAACAUUUCAAAGACUAGAAUGGCAGACUUCUGAUGAUGAGAAGUUGUUAAAAACACUCUAUAGGUACAAUUAUUAUAAAGAAGUAAGCGUGUGUGAGUUUGUAUGUUUGAGGCAAAUAAUUUCCGAAACUACCGAACUGAUUUCAAAAAUUCUUUCACCAUUAGAAAGGUACGUUAUCCAAGAUUGCUAUAGGCUUUUAUUUUAUCUCAAAAUUCCCCCGGGAGCGAAGCCCCGGGCAACGACUAGUAAGUAAUAAACAAAAUGUAUCUAUGUAAAUUAAACUCGGUAUGUUUCAAGUAUUAACAAGAUUUUCUAUUGUAAUUAGUAUAAUAGUUUUGUAAAAACCAUCAAAAUUUUGUAAUAUAGUUGCAUUUUCGUACGUUGUGAUUAUAUUCAUAAAACCUAAAAUCUCUAAAUGUCGCUUCAUUAAUGUGCUCAUACUAUUCAUUAUAAUGUGUAGUUUUAUAUUUGUAAAUUGGUGGAUAUAAUAUUAAAUUUUCUACAUUUUUUGACUACCUAAUUUCUAAUAGCUUUGAUAAAUUUUAUGACAGGCACCAACAUAAUUAAACAACGUAUCUAAAUAUAAAAAAAAAACUAGCGACUCGCCCCGGCUCCGCUCGGGUAAUGCCAUAAUAAAAAGUUGCCUAUGUCACUCCUGAAGGUUUGAAGUAUAGAACGGAAUAGAAAUGGCCCGUACUAAUAUUAUAAAGAGGAAGUACUUAUAUUUUUGUUUUUUGUUUGUAAUAAAAUAAACUCUAAAACUUACUGGGCCGAUUUUGACGAAAUUUGGCAUAGAGAUAGGCGUAACCUUCAGGAGUGAUUUGUAGGCUACUUUUGUUUUUAGGUUAUACCCGAGCGAAGCGAUAUGACAUCAAAACACGUAUCUA